CUCUCAUAGCUGAUCUCCAGUUCCUUCAGAAAAAGAAUUAAGAAUUUGUUGUAAUGCCACUGGCAGGAACCCCAGCUCCAAACAAGAGGAAAAAGUCAACCAAAGUCAUCAUGGCGAUAAAUCCAUCAAGAGAAGGAGAGAUAGAAAUCUCCAAACUGAAUUUAGGGAAAAAGAUCAGUAUUCCCAGGGAUAUCAUGCUGGAAGAACUCUCCUUGCUCAGUAACAAAGGAUCGAAGAUGUUUAAACUUCGUCAAAAGAGGGUGGAAAAAUUUAUCUAUGAAAACAACCCUGAUGUAUUUUCUGACAAUUCUUUGGACCACUUCCAGAAAUUCAUACCAACUGUUGGUGGGCAGUUAGGGGUUGGAGGCCAGUCAGGUAUUGGAGGAGGUGGCUAUGGAUUGCUACAUGGCAGCGGUCAAAUGCUGUCCAGUAUUUCGGGGGGACAUCGUGGAUCUGGUGGUCAGCAACCUCCUGUACCUCCACCAAAGCCUGGAAGUAAGAAUGCUCUUGGAGGCCAGUCUGGAACUGGAGGAAGUGGUGGAAAAGAUUCUGGGGUUGUUGAUGGUACUCAAGGAAAAGAAGGCCAGUCUGGUCAGCGGGAUGGAGGAAGCGGGAAGCAAAUCACUGUCUUUAAGACAUACCUCUCACCCUGGGACAAAGCUAUGGGUGUUGAUCCAAAGCAACCAACAAAUAUUACUGUUAAUUUACUAGAGUUUGGCAAAAAGGCAGACCUUUGCAAAUAUAAGUCAUUUAACAGGAGUGCUAUGCCUUUUGGUGGGUAUGAGAAAGCAUCCAAGCUUAUGACUUUCCAGAUGCCAGAUUUUGAUGCCGCACCUCCAGAACCUGAGUCUGUGAUUGUCAUCAAUCAAGAUAUCACCAACAGACCUUCUUUCAACAGGACCCCAAUUGGAUGGCUAGGAUCGGGUGAUAACACAAACUACACCAUUGAUAUUGCUGUGCCUGUGGAUGGAGAAACAGAAGAACUCUAAACUCAUACAUCCAAAGAACCAUGUUAGCAGUCUGUUGGUGUAUUAGAACUAACAUAUGUGAAAAGUUCCACUGGCCAAUGAAUCAUAACAUAUUGCAAACACAUUGGCGGUUGAUCCCUGAAAUAUCCCUGCAUUGCAGUAUGCUGUGAUGCCAUAGAAGCCAAUGGCACAUGUCAUACCUAAACCAUCCAAACCAUCCAAACCAACUCUUUAUAUGCCUUGUUUAAAAAAUGGGGCAGAUCACAUUAGACUCACCUAUGCCACACUCUAAUGUGCCUUUAAAAUGCAGCCAAGCUCCUUUAUGUAUGUUUAUGAAAUGUUUUAUUGUUAUGGAGGUAUUUGUUCAGCUGGAAGUUAGUCAGAGUUGGAAUUGUGAGAGGAAAAUAGAAUAGACAAGGUAGGGUAGUUGAAGGAAAAAAGCUUCAAGUUUUGUGCACUGUGGCAGCGAUAAAAGUCUCCAAAUGUCAUGCUCUAUGGUUGAUUUUUUUUCAUUAGCGCAAUACGUUAAACCUAAUAAACCUUUACAACAUCA